GGUAGUAUAGUGGCCAGUUGAUGGUUUCAAUAUCAAUUCGAAUACAACGUACAACCACCCGUUUGUGUUGAGUUGUCGGUUACGCUUGCUCUCCAAUGAGUGCCGACAAAAAUGUUUAUCCGCUAAUUAACUUCUCGGCUAUCAGUUACAAAUUAAUAAUUAAUUCGUGGAGUUAAUAAAAAUAAAAAGUUAAACCUAAAUAGUAAUAAUUUUUAGGACAAUGGCCCAAGAAGAGUCAGUGGGAAUUGGGGACUUUGUUCUCCUGGAUGAAAUAACAGUCUCCAAAGUCGUUGAUAACCUUCGCAUCAGAUUCAAUGGUGGUAAAUAUUAUACUUAUAUUGGAGAGGUCUGUGUCAGCGUUAAUCCCUACAGGAGUACUAAUAUUUAUGGACCCGAACAGAUAAAUAAAUACAAAAACAGAGAAUUAUUCGAGAAUGCGCCUCAUAUAUUUGCAAUCGCGGAUGCAGUGCAUCGUGAAAUGAAACAGCAGGGCCGGGACACCUGCAUUGUCAUAAGCGGUGAGUCUGGUUCAGGGAAAACGGAAGCUAGUAAAAUAAUAAUGAAGUACAUCGCUGCAAUAACUAAUUUGUCCGGUCAACAUGAAAUUGAGAGAGUUAAAAAUAUUUUAAUCCAGUCAAAUUCAAUCCUGGAAGCCUUCGGAAAUGCAACGACCAACAGAAAUGACAAUUCCUCGCGUUUCGGAAAGUAUAUGGACAUUAAUUUUGACUUUAAAGGCGAUCCAUUGGGCGGACACGUAACAAAUUACUUGCUUGAAAAGUCACGGGUCGUUUAUCAACAAAAAGGCGAGCGCAAUUUUCAUUGUUUCUAUCAAUUAUUGAAUGGAUGCAGCGAAAAUGAAUUAAAUAAACUGGGUCUGAUAGCCGACGCCGGUAGAUAUUAUUACACUAGCCACGGCAAAGAUAGUAAAACAAGCGUAAGCGAUAGAACAGAGUACAAAGCAGUUGUUUCAGCGAUGAGUAUUCUCGGUUUCAAUUUAAGUGAGAUAGAAACAGUCUGGAGUAUUAUCGCUGGUAUUUUGCAUUUAGGUAACAUAACAUUCACAUUAGAAGAAGAUAAAUUAGUAAUCGGGAAUAAAGGAGCGUUAAAUGAGUCCGCGAAGCGUCUGUCAAUAAGCCCGAGCGCGUUGAGCACAGCGUUGUCCCAGCGAGUGAUAGCAGCUGGAGGCGAGGUUAUGCAGAAGAACCACACUCUGGUCGAAGCCGAGUACGGGCGAGACGCUCUCGCAAAAGCGAUUUACGAGCGGCUGUUUUCCUGGAUAGUGUCCAGAAUUAACGGCUCGAUAAAUGUUGACGAGAGAAAUUCAUACAAGAGCUACAAGGGAACUCUUAUAGGUGUCUUGGAUAUCUACGGGUUCGAGAUUUUCAACACCAACAGCUUCGAGCAGUUCUGUAUCAAUUACUGCAAUGAGAAACUCCAGCAAUUGUUCAUUGAGCUGGUCCUCAAACGCGAGCAAGAAGAGUACCAGCGUGAAGGGAUCACCUGGCAAGCGGUCAACUACUUUAAUAAUCAGGUUAUUUGCGAACUUGUUGAACAGUCUCACAAAGGCAUCAUUGCUAUCAUGGACGAAGCUUGCUUGAAUGUUGGAAAAGUAACUGAUGAGAUGUUGCUUGAAGCGAUGGAUCAGCGAUUGGCUAAUCACAAACACUUCACCUCUCGGCAAUUAAAUCCAAUGGAUAAAGAACUUCAGCAUAAAACUCAGUUUAGGAUUAAACAUUAUGCCGGUGAUGUUGUUUAUAAUGUUCAUGGGUUUUUGGACAAGAACAAAGAUACUUUGUUUCAGGACUUUAAGAGACUUCUUUAUAAUAGCGAUAAUAAGAUUGUCAGUUCUAUGUGGCCUGAAGGAGCUGAAAAUAUUGCUAAGACAACAAAGAGGCCUUUGACAGCAGGAACAUUAUUCAAAAAUUCAAUAGUAGCUUUAAUAAAAAACCUAACCAGCAAAGAGCCAUUCUACAUAAGAUGCAUAAAACCAAACGAAGUUAAAUCUCCCGUAGUAUUUGACGAAGAAAGAGUAGAGCAUCAGGUCCGGUAUCUAGGAUUAGUAGAAAACAUUUUAGUCCGCCGCGCGGGAUUUGUCUAUCGUCAACGCUACGACAGAUUUUUAAAGCGCUACAAAAUGAUAUCUCAGUACACGUGGCCGAAUUUCCGCGGUGGAAAUGACAAAGAAGCGGUGCGUACACUGAUGGAAGAAAAAGGAUUCGCUCAUGACGUUAAAUACGGACACACUAAAAUAUUUAUCCGCUCGCCACGAACUUUAUUCGCGCUUGAGAAAGCAAGGAGUGAUUUGAUACCGGGUAUCGUAGUCCUAUUGCAGAAGCAAUGGCGCGGUUACCUGUGUCGGAUGAAAUACAAGAAAAUGAAAGCCGUGUUGGUUAUGGUGAAGCACUACCGACGCUACAAGCAACGCUCGUACAUCUGCGAGCUCCAAAAGACCUUUAAAACCGCCAAGACGAUGCGCAAUUACGGCAAAUUGUUGCCUUGGCCGCAUGAGAAUUACGCAAUAAGACCGGUGAUUCCCGCUUUGAAGAUGAUGUACGCGCGUUGGCGGGCCUGGAUGAUCCUACGCGUGAUUCCACGCGAAGAUUGGCCGCAGUUGAGGUUAAAAAUGGCCGCUGGUGCUGCCCUCAGGCCUAAGAGACAGUACUGGGGCCAGGAGAGACGCUGGGAAGGGAAUUAUCUUGCUAAGCCUGAUGAAAAUCCUCAGUACAAUGUCUUUAAUUCUUCUAUUAAUAAUUUGAAGAAUACUGAUCAUUUUAAGACUGUCCUAUUCAGUGCCUUUAUUAAAAAAACUAACAAGUUUGACAAGCAAGCUGAUCGUGUUCUGGUUGUCACUGAACACGCCAUCUAUAAAUUAGAGAGUUCAAAAUUUAAAAAUAUGAAAAAGGGGAUUCCCAUUGCGGAAAUUACGGGACUAAGUGUCUCACCUGGGAAAGAUCAGCUGAUUACUAUUCACUCUAAUAAAGGCAAUGAUUUUAUUUUUGCCAUCACUGCCAAGGAGAAUCGCGUUGGAGAACUUGUUGGUGUUCUUUGUACCAGAUAUUACCAAUUAAGAGGUAAUGAUCUGCAAGUGACGGUCGACUCGAGAUUCAAGUGUAUGGUGGGCAACAAAAGCAGAGUGUUGCGCGUGGAAGUACGACCGGAAACACCAACGCCAUCUUUCAUCAAAGAAGGCGAUCAAAUUAUUUUUUUAGUCCCUCCGUCAGCUGACAUUGUUGAUAAUGGCGUCAAUCGAUCGAAGACUUAAAUUUUUUAUUAUUAAAUAAUAUAUUUGUACAAAAUAAUUAUUAUUGUUAAGUAUUGUAUUUGAUAUAUAUUUAUAUAUAUAUAUUUUUCUAUUAAUUUUUUUUGUAAAACAAAAAUUAUGUACUUAAAUAACUUUUAUGACGUCACUCGAGAGGUUAUGUUAUGAUUUAUGGUUAUAUUUACUCAAAUGUAAAUAGUUAGGUUUAACGCUGGCCGAUAAAUAUUUAAUAUCAAAUAUUAAUAUUAAAUAUAUUGUUAAACAAUCAAAUGCUUCCGUAAGUGCCUCUGUCAAUAAUAAAUAAAUAAAAAUGAUAUAUAUUAUAU